GUGAUUUAUCAGCUGACCCCUUUUCUACACACGGUAACAGAGAAAACUAUUCUCCAAACAGAGACCCUUGACGCAAAGUUACAGCUUUGUAGCCUAAAUUUUAACAUUUCCUACGAAACUGUAAAUAACGUCAAGGCUACGUAUUGAAUUUUAAAUCCGUGUUGCAAUCUGUGACUUGUUGACGCGCAACAUUGUUUCCAAUCAUUGACCCCAAGAACAAUCGCCAAAGACCUUGUACCUUGAUGACACCUGAGGACACAUCCUGUUUAGACGCGGCCGGCGAUGUACUGCUGAAGUAAUCUUCGAGGUGUAGGACGAGGAAGCCUAUUUAACCUGAGUUAAGUUGUAAACUUUUGAUCAAAACCUUGUCUUGAAAGAUAUGAAGAGGAGACUUCUGCUCGUGUCCAACUCAACCCUGCACGGGGGAGGAUAUCUGGAACAUUGUCAACAGCAGAUCAAAGACUUUUUCGGAAUAGGGGUGAAGAGGAUUUUAUUCAUCCCCUAUGCACUGUGUGAUAGAGAUGGCUACGCAAAGACUGCCAGGGACAAGUUCAACAGUCUGGGUUAUGAGGUGGACAGCAUACACGAGGCCUCUGACCCAGUGGAAGCUGUGAGGAAGGCUCAGGGUAUAUUUAUAGGUGGUGGCAACACAUUCCGUCUGCUGAAAUGUCUCUACGACAACCAUGUGCUGUCUGAGAUCAACAAGAGGGUUCUGCAGGAUGGUGUUCCCUACAUGGGUUCCAGCGCUGGCACCAACGUCUCUACUGUCAGCAUCAACACCACCAAUGACAUGCCCAUCGUGUACCCGCCCUCCUUCAAUGCCAUUGGUCUAGUGCCUUUCAACAUCAACCCUCACUUCCUGGACACGGACCCUAACAGCAGACACAUGGGGGAGACACGAGAGCAGAGGAUCAUUCAGUACCACGAGGAGCCGGACACUCCAUCUGUUCUGGGCUUGAGAGAGGGUUCCAUGUUGCUCGUAGAAGGAAACAAGGCUACUCUACUGGGCACCUGCAAGGCACGGCUGUUCACCAGGGGGAAGCCAACAACAGACUUUGAAUCUGGCAGUGACCUCAGCUUCUUGCUGACAGACAGACAGUGAAGUUGUACAUCUCCGUUCUCCACACCCCAGCAAGACUGAUGCAGAUCUUUUCAAGUGGAAAUGCACUUAUGAUUUAUCCCAAAAAAUUGUCUUAUGCAUAAAUUGUGUGGGGAGGGAGAUAUAAUUUUACUAAGGUGAACUUAGAUGAUUUAUGAAACAACUAGCCACAGUUCAUCAGAUAACCUUUAUAGCACACUGAUAUUCGAGGAAUCGGAGACGAUAAUGUGGCAACAAGUAUGAAAGCAGGGCACAAAGAAAUGCUUAUGGUUUUAAACAUUUAAUUCAGGAAAGAUCAAAACGUUGUCAGCUCAACCAGAUAUGUGGGGAAGGAAUACAUCAUCAUUUUCAGUAAUAUUGUCUUAAAAAAAAAAUGAACAAGGAACAACUUGAAAUCAAUUGAAAAGAAAAUGAAUUGAAAAUUACAUUAUUGUAACAUGAAACGUGCUUUAAGAUAAAUAAACAGAUGAAGCAGUG